AUGUUGAGAAAAAGGACAUGGUUCGAGCUGCCUACAGAAGGGGGAAGAUCAGUGUCGACGCCCCCCCACCUCGGGUGUUUCACGAUCAGUCCCUUGUUUGUUUGGAGGCUUCUUGAAAUGUAUCACUGCAAGGCCGUAGGAUGGGCCUUGAAGGAGAAGAGUUGCAAGAUGUUCUAUGGCGUGCAGGUAAAGAAGGAGCAGAUUGCCAGUACCACGGCUCCGCACCGGCUUGUACGAAUCCGAAGAGUGGAGAAUGUAGCAACAAGAAGUACCGGGCCGGGAUUCAAAGUAAAUGCAUGGGGCUUGAUCCUGGGAACGUGUUUGCUCUUGCACCCAGCAAACCAAGCUGUGGCUCUGGACAUCGAGACCGCUCAAAAAACAUGGAAAUGUCUUUUGGGUGGAUGCAGAUCUGAGCUGGUUCGAUGCGUGGGAGAUCCUUCAUGCGCUGCCAAUUUAGUUUGUCUGGAAACUUGCAGUCCAGGAGACUUGAAGUGCCAAGUCAGAUGUGGAGACAUUUUCCAGAACAAGGUCGUAGAGGAAUUCAACACAUGCCUCCUGAGCAAAAAAAAGUGCAUCCCUCAAAGUGCCAACGACGGCACCUACCCGGUACCAGACUGCGCUUUGGUGGAAAAGUUCAACACCCAAGACUUCACAGGCACAUGGUAUAUUACCAGCGGUCUCAAUCCCUUGUUCGAUCUCUACGAUUGCCAAGUCCAUGAGUUCUCGGCCAGCCCCAACAAGCUCACCGGAAAAUUGACGUGGAGGGUGACCACCCCCGACGGCGGCUUCAUCACACGCGACGCAACACAAAAUUUUGUGCAGAAGAAUCCCAAACGCCCGGGAGUCCUCUCCAAUCAUGACAACGAGUACCUCAAUUACAGAGAAGAUUGGUUCAUCGUCUCCGCGCGGCUCAACAAGCAACCGGACGACUACAUUUUCGUGUACUACACCGGGUCCAACGAUGCAUGGGACGGCUAUGGUGGGGCUGUUGUCUACACACGGAGUUCAAGCCUCCCCAAGUCCAUUGUCCCCGAGCUGCGGCUUGCUGCUGCUAAAGUCGGCUUGGAUUUUGACAACUUCAAGACGACUGACAACAGUUGCACUCCGCAGCCAUCUUUGUUUGCUAAAGUCCACAAGAGAUUGUUCGAAGGAGAGAGAGCUCUAGCUAAUAGUUCUAACUAGUCAUUAUUCUCCUCUCUGUGUUUAGAAUUGUUCUACGAAGUGUCUCCUACGUAACAUAACCCUACAUCCUAACUUGCCACGCUA